AGGAACCCAUAGGUAAUCCAUCAUUUUGAGCAUAAAACUUUCUUUAACUUGAAAAUAAGAGUUAUGCAGACAGCACCUCAAGAGCUCCAUCACUUCCCCAAGAGGCAGCGAAGUCCUUUCGGAAAACGUUACGUCAUCCCUCAAUCUAGCCUUGACGAUGUCUAACGAUUCCUCUAAAGGGACGUUGGUGUAUAAAUUCUCUACGUCAAAACUGACAAAUUUGUCUGAAGGACCUAAUUCUACUUUCUUAAGUAUAUCUACAAAAUGUUUAGAGUUCUUAACAAAUGAAGAUGUUUUUCCUACCAGUGGUUGGACAAUUUGAAGGAGAAAUCUACUUAAAUUGCUAGUUGCUGAAUCUCUUGAACUAGUGAUAAGUCUCAUUGGCACACCAUCUUUGUGAAUUUUUGGUAACCCAUAAAGAUGUGGUGGUUUACUGUGAUGUGGUGUAAGCGAUGUUCUUAAAUUAUCAGGUAUGAAAUUCUUAUAUAGAAUUAUUCAGUGUGGCGGUUAAGGCUUAAAAAAGAAAGUACCGAAAAUCUUCACUGCCUCCUGGACUAGAACGUUUCGCGUAGUAGAAAUACCUCCUCUUUCAUUCAGAGCUAUUUAAAGAUUUUGCGCUACAAGACCUUCGAAAAUCGUUCGUCAAAAAUACCGGGCAGUAAAAAUAGAAAUACACUCACGCCGAUAUUUUGGCGAUCCGGCCGUGCAUUCGCUGUCGAUUUUAAUUAAGUUCGGAAGUGUUUUGCACUGUCGCUGGUCAGGCUCCCGAAAAAUUAGACAAAACAUGGACCCGUUCCCUUGCGAAUUGUGGGAGGAAAUAGCCAGACAUCUUCCAGCAUACGACCUGAUGAAUUUGUGCAAAGCCUCUCUGGAUUUGUGUUACUUGUUAAGGGACAAAAGAGUCGUGAUAAAUUUUGAUUUGAGCGGGUGUUACGAUUUCCACAAAGAGAAUCUAUAUUUGUGCAUGUUCAGUCGUGUGGAAUUUAAUCACGUUAAAUUCCUGAACAUAAACAAACUGUACUGGAUCGACCUGGAUGAACUGAGAUGCGUCGUUCAGCUUCUGCCGCAGCUGGAAGAACUGAGGGCACUGGAUACGAAAUUGGGCAUGAGAAAUGAGGAUUUAAUUCUGUACAAAAAGCUUAGAAAAUUGGCAGUGUCAGUUGAAGCAGACCAAUUCACAUCUUCCCGAGAGACUUACAAAGAAAACUUGGUCAACUUGAAAUCGCUAUGCAUUAAAUUUAUAUCGAAGUAUAAAGCUGAUUUUAGACGGAUAUAUUAUAUGUUUUUUAACGAACUGAGAGGAUUAGAUGAAUUGUGGUUAUAUGACGCAGACGACUACGAGAAAAGUCCAUUGAGGUACGACUAUAUAGUGUGCAAUUUGAGGAAUUUAAAGAAGUUUAUAAUAAAAUCUAAGGCAAAUGUGCCAUUUUUAGACUACAAGCCUUUCGGCAUGCUUAAAAUAUUUGAACGGAAAAGGUCUUAUAUCACAAUAAUCUGCUACGUCAGAACUUCAGCCCCACAAAUAAUAUCCCUGAGGAAGAGGUCAUUGUCUGAAGUAUUUGAAAGCCGAACAGAGAAAUCCUGGGACAUUGUCAGGACGUUUUUGUGUCAGAACCCUUGUAAUUACAGAAAUUCUCUUGAAAUUUCCGAAAAACGUUCCUUUAAACAUGUCGAAUUCCAGGAACUGUCCUUCCUGCAUGUUCGAACAUGCAAUCCGACCUUCGUUAACGCGGCUAUCGACAUUUUACUGUCGAAACACUGUAAAGGACUUAAAAAAGUUGCCCUGACACUGUGUAUCUUACAGGAAGGGAAUAUUGAAAAAAGCGAAAAGAAAAACAUUUUCAGGCACAUUAUCAAUAAUUCGCCCUAUAUGACCGAUUUGGAGAUCGCCACGUGUAACAAUUCUGAAUACAAUGAUCCCGAAGCAGAUUCCUUAAGGAUACCAUGUUUUAGUUCAGCAAUACUGGGUGCUUACGAACUGAUCAGCAACCUGAGAUAUUUAAAAAAACUGACCCUGGAAAUACCGACAUACUCCAGUGGCGCAUUCCUGAAGGACGUAUUUUUAAAAUGUCCACAACUUGAAUCGUUGCGACUUUUGAGCAGAGAAAACAACGAAGACUUAAAUUCAGUUUUAUAUUCCCAUUUAAACUACGCCCAAAUGCUGAGAGAUUUCAGGUUCGAAAAUGUCCACAUCGAUUUGGACCGGCUAUUUUCAGCGCUGAAUAAAAACCUAACCUCGAAACUGAGCAGGAUCGUCACCAAAUGCGAGUACGAACACUCGUCUCAGCUGUGGCCCGUCGAGAAACUGCUUAAACGCCACGCGAACGUCAUUUUGCUCGUCAUAUGCGUGUCCAAGUACAACAGGCACCAAGUGACCAAACUGCAAGAACUGAUGGACGAGCACAAAGACCAUCCCGCGAAAAUCUACGUGGCUUGUACCGAUAUUAAGGAAGAGGAAGGAUAUUUUUUUCCGGAGGCUCACAAAGAUAUUCUGUCUUGUAAUAGUAAUAUUUCUAUGCUCAGUUUUAUGGAGUAUUAAAUUAAUUUUGAUAUU